AUGGGUGUUGCGGCAUCAACUCUGGGGGAUGUCUACAGCUAUGGAAUUCUUUUGCUAGAGAUGGUCACAAGGAAGAGGCCAACAGAUUAUAUGUUCAUGGAUGAGGUUGAUCUGCACAAUUAUGUUAAUAGAGCCUUGCCUGGACAAGUUUAUGAGAUCGUGGACCCCUUGCUUCUUUCUAAAGCAAGAGAUGAAAACGAAAGAAUGACUCCUGGAGGGGAUAAACUGAGGGUGGAAGAGAGAUCGAAUCGCCAUGCCCUGCUUGAGUUCAAGAAUCAGAUACAUGAUGACCCGUUUGGAGUACUGAAAUCCUGGAACCACUCACAGCACCAUUGCCAGUGGGAAGGAGUCGCAUGCAGUGCCCGACAUCAAAGGAUCAUUGCCUUGACUCUGAGGAGUAAGCAGUUGUCUGGAACUAUAUCUCCUCAGGUCGGAAAUCUAAGCUUCAUGAGGUUCAUCCAACUUGGGGAGAAUCAAUUCCAUGGUGGGAUUCCCCAAGAAUUCAGUCGCCUCCUCAGGCUAAGAGUUUUGAACUUAUCAAGUAAUGCACUCGAUGGAAAAAUCCCAGAAAAUCUGAGCUACUGUGCAGAGAUGAUAGCUAUUGACCUAACCAGUAAUAAGCUAGAAGGGAAGAUUCCAAUUGAUCAGCUAAGCAAUUUGAAGAAGCUUAAAGGAAUAUAUUUCACCAAAAAGAAUUUGACGGGAGAGAUUCCCUCUUCCAUUGGGAACUUAUCAUCAUCAUUGAACGCACUCGGCCUUGACUUCAACAAUCUGGAGGGAAGUUUGCCUCUAGAGAUGGGGCUCUUGAAAAGGUUGGUGCAAUUAUUUCUUGCAGCAAAUAAACUAGCAGGUAUUAUCCCUGCCUCUAUCUUUAAUAGUUCAGCCAUUACUUCCAUUUCAGUAACCGACAAUUACUUUCAUGGCAAUCUCCCAAUUAACAUGGGUCUCACCCUACCAAAUCUAAAACUAUUAGCUGUUGCGGAAAACAAUUUCUCUGGAAACUUUCCCACUUCAAUCACCAAUGCUUCUGGGCUUGAGAGACUUGAUCUUUCCCAGAAUAAAGUUGCAGGGCAAGUUCCAGCUAAUUUAGGAGAUCUGACAAAUCUUCAAUUAUUAAAUCUUGCUGUUAAUUUCUUUGGGAAUAAUUCUACCGGAGACUUGGACUUUAUUGCAUCAGUGACCAACUGCAGCAAUCUAAGAAUUCUUUCCUUGAGUUACAAUAAUUUUGGAGGCAAUAUACCUAGAGUCAUGGCCAAUCUCUCAAAUCAACUCACUGCAUUUUACUUGGGAGGAAAUCAACUGUCAGGAACUAUUCCAGAAGGGUUUGGACAUCUUGUCAAUUUAUAUAUCCUUGCCCUUGAAGAAAACUCACUUUCUGGGCUCAUUCCAAGAGAUUUUGGCAAAUUACAAAAUUUGCAACUUCUGGGUCUGCACUAUAAUGAGUUGUCAGGACAAAUAGUCUCUACCCUAUGUAACGCCACAGCUCUAUACUACCUGGAAUUAUCAUUUAACCAGUUUGAAGGGGAUAAUAUAUUUGACAAUGUUCUUAUGAACUGUCAAAAUUUGCAAUAUCUGAAUAUAUCUCAAAACAACUUUACUGGAAUUAUAUCACCACAUUUUCUGCAGACGCACUCAUCACUGAUGUACAUCAAAAUAGGUCAAAAUUCAUUUAGUGGUUCUCUGCCUCCUGAAGUUGGAAAGCUUAUACAUUUGGUGGAUUUCAAUGUUUCCCACAACCAACUUGUUGGAGACAUACCCAUAUCACUUGCUGAUUGUUCAGAUCUGGCGAAUCUUUUUAUGCAAGCCAAUUUUUUCCAAGGAACAAUUCCACCAAAUUUGGCUUCUUUGAAGAGCAUCCAGCAAUUAGACCUUUCAAGUAAUAACUUGACUAGUCCAAUACCCAGAGAACUUGAGAAGCUUCAGUUUUUGAGCUACUUAAAUCUUUCCUACAAUGACAUUGAGGGUGAGAUACCAAACACAGGGGUUUUCAGGAAUGCAAGUCAAAUAUCAUUGACCGGCAACAACAAACUCUGUGGAGGCAUUCCAGAAUUGGAGUUCCCACCUUGCCCAGUGAUUAAGGGGAAAAAUAGAGGAAAGCUGAAGGUUAUCAUAUUGCUGUCCAUUGUUUUACCAGCAACGCUUCUGGUUCUCGGUGCAUUGUUGUUAUAUCGUAAAGGAGAAAGAAGAAUGGGGGCAGGAUUCUCUAGCAUGCCCCCAAGAAUCGAUGAGGUCUUACGGCUUUCUUACCAUGAACUUGUUCGUGCAACUUCUGGAUUUUCUCCAGAAAACUUAAUUGGUUCAGGAAAUUUUGGAUCUGUCUACAAAGGAAGGCUAGAAAAACAUGGCAACAAGCUUGUAGCAGUCAAAGUUCUUGAUCUUCAAAAGAAUGGGGCUUCCAAAAGUUUUAAGGCCGAGUGCAAAGCAUUGAGAAAUAUUCGCCAUAGAAACCUCGUUUCUAUCUUGAGUUAUUGCUCCAGUAUUGAUUCCAAGGGUGAUGAAUGCAAAGCUCUAAUCUAUGAGUUCAUGGAAAAUGGAAAUCUGGACCUGUGGUUGCAUCCUUCAAAGACAACCGAUCAGGCAACAAGCUCAAGAAGUCUUAAUCUUCUUCAGAAGCUAAAUAUUGCAAUUGAUGUGGCUUCAGCAUUGCAAUAUCUUCACGACCACUGCGAAGCUGAGAUUGUUCACUGUGAUCUAAAACCAAGUAACAUUCUUCUUGACAAUGAUCUUGUUGCUCAUGUGGGUGAUUUUGGAUUGGUAAGGCUUCUCCCAAAACCCGUCAACACUUCUUCCGAGCAAAGAACCAGCAGUACUAUUGCCAUAAAAGGAUCAAUCGGUUAUGCAGCUCCUGAGUAUGGAAUGGGUCAUGCGGCAUCAACUCAAGGGGAUGUCUACAGCUAUGGCAUUCUUUUGCUAGAAAUGAUUACAGGAAGGAGGCCAACAGGUGAUAUAUUCGUGGGUGACCUUGAUCUGCAUAACUACGUUAAUGGGGCUUUGCAUGAACGAGUUCCUGAGAUCGUGGACCCGUUGCUUCUUUCUGAAGGAAGAGAUGAAAACAGUCGAAUUACUCAUGGAGAGAAAACUAUUAAUGGUGGAAGAGAGAUUGAUUGCAUUAUUUCCUUGCUGAAAAUUGGACUCAAGUGCUCUGCAAGAUUACCAAAUGAUAGGAUGCAUAUGAAUGAAGUUGUCAGAAAAUUACAUCUCAUUAAAGAUGUUUUCCUUGGUGUCAGGCUGCUUACAGGUCUGAAUCUCCAAGCUGAAGUUGUUAAUGGGGUGAGCUAA